AUGCUCGGCAAAGCUUUACUACUGCUGCUGAGCAGCCCAAUAUGUGCGUUGGCGCAGUCAGCAGCAGACUACUAUGUCAAGUCGAUACCGGGACAGCCGGACGGACCUCUACUUAAGAUGCAUGCUGGUCAUGUCGAAGUGGACCCCGAAACAAACGGCCACCUAUUCUUUUGGCACUUUCAGAACCGUCACAUCGCUAAUCGACAACGCACCAUCUUAUGGCUCAACGGAGGACCGGGAUGCAGUUCAAUGGACGGAGCGUUAAUGGAGAUUGGACCAUACCGUGUAAAAGACGACCACACACUGAUAUAUAACAAUGGAUCUUGGGACGAAUUUGCGAACCUCCUUUUUGUCGACCAGCCAGUUGGCACGGGCUUCAGUUAUGUCAAUACCAAUAGUUUCCUGCAUGAUCUCGAUCAUGUCGCCGCUCAUAUGAUUACCUUUUUGGAGAAAUGGUUUGCUAUGUUUCCGGAAUAUGAAAGCGAUGAUUUGUACAUUGCGGGAGAGUCAUACGCAGGUCAAUACAUUCCACACAUUGCUCGAGCCAUCGUCGAGCGGAACAAAAGCAUUCAACCGAGACAGCAACAUUGGGCCAUUAAAGGACUCUUGAUCGGUAAUGGAUGGAUAUCACCCCGUGACCAGUACCCUGCAAACUUGCAAUAUGCAUAUGCCGAAGGUUUGGUCAAAGAAGGAAGCGCCAUGGCGAAUCAACUUGACGAGACAGAGAAGAGCUGUAACGAGCAGUUGAAUGCUCCCGGUGCGGGCGACUUGGUCGAUAUCAGACAGUGCGAAGGCAUAUUGAACAGGCUGUUGGAUUUGACUAGAACCUCAGACGAUCAAUGUGUCAACGUGUACGACAUUAGGUUGAAAGAUGCCUCGUGUGGAAAUACAUGGCCCCCGGACUUGGAUCAGAUGACACGGUAUCUGCGAAGGACGGAAGUAGGAAUAGCACUUAACCUGGACCACGGGAAAGCCAAUGGGUGGACGGAAUGUAACAACCAAGUGACUGCGAACUUUCGCGUGGGACACAGUGGUAUUCCUUCGAUUCAGAUUCUCCCGGGAUUGAUCGAAUCAGGCGUUAAGGUGUUGCUCUUCAGUGGAGAUCGAGACUUGAUCUGCAACCAUCUCGGAACGGAGGCAUUGAUCCAUAACAUGAAAUGGAGUGAUGGAACAGGAUUCGAGACCAAACCAGGUGUAUGGGCACCUCGCCGUGAUUGGACUUUUGAGGGUGAUGCAGCGGGAUACUACCAACAAGCGCGCAACCUGACUUAUGUCCUAUUCUACAAUGCCAGCCAUAUGGUACCAUACGAUUGGCCGCGGCGUACGCGGGAUAUGGUCGAUCGAUUUAUUAAUGUUGAUAUUGCCAAUAUCGGAGGGACGCCCGCAGAUUCACGUCUCGACGGCGAGAAACUCCCUCAAACAUCAGUCGGCAACACAUCAUCCUCCACCUCCGAAACCGACCAAAUCGACGACGCAAAACUCAAAGACGCCGAAUGGAAAGCCUACACCAAAUCCGGAGAAGCGGCGUUGAUAGUAGUCAUCAUCGGCGUCUCAGUCUGGGGAUUCUUCAUCUGGCGCGCUCGUCAACGCGCUGCUAGGGAUGGCACAUCACCGACCAAGAAGGGAUACCGAUCUGUGUAUCGGGGCGGCGUUGAUAAUAACUCAUCUUCCGACGGCGCAGGCCUUCUGAGCCGAUUCCGCAACCAGUCCAGUAACGGCGGCAGCCGUGACCUCGAAGCGAGAGACUUUGACGAAGCGGAGUUGGACUCGUUGACCCCUGAUCUAGAUAGAGACCACUACGUCAUCGGCGAAGAAGACGAGGAUGAAGAUAACGAUAUUGGAAAUGGAGCGAAAUCCAACCUUCACGGAUAA